AUGCACAACUAUUCGCUAGAUGAUGCCGUCAACAUUGUCUUUCAUCAGGAUAAUGACACGGCCACUCUUGAGGUGUUGGCCUGCAGCGACCCGUACGCCAUCUUUACUUAUGGUGCCUGGCGGCAAGCACUCGCCAUUUGCUCCGGCUAUGCCCCGCUCAAUUAUUCGGCCACAGGGCAAUAUUAUACGCCGAUUGGCCUCGCUUUUGCCACUCGAUACGCCCCUCAACCCUAUAUGGAGGACCUCUCUCGAGCCUAUGUUUCUGCCUCGUGGUCUCGCGUCUCGACCGAACUCCCGGCUGACGCGCUCUACCAGCCCGUGCAAAAUGUGGAAAUGGGCGCUGUUCUCCCCGUGGCCAUGAACGCCAACACGGACCUCCCGAAAUACUACAUUGAUGUUGUGCGCAGUCCUGGAUUGACCUUUAUCAUUUCCGUGCGCCAAUCCAUGGCCACUACCCUGGGCGCCAUCAUCUCCCCAGAGAUUGUCUACCUGCUCGUCCUCACCCUGGUGGUCGGCAUUGUCGUGGGCACACUUGUGUACGCCGCUGAAUGGGCGUCGGUGGCGCUCAAGGCCUACCACACGACCGAUAUCAACUACAGCCUCACAUUCCCCAACGGCUUUUUAUGGACAAUCUUUUAUGCCUUUAUGGUCAUGCUCGCCGUUUUCUACGACGAGCGACACCCGCGGGCCAUCGCCUCGCGCGUCUUGCUCAUGGUCUGGAAGUGGGCCACCUGGCUGCUGGUGGGCCUUGUCAAUGCGCGCUUGCUCUUGUAUCUGCAGCCACCCUCCUCCAUCCGUUCCGACCAGGAGCUGUCCACUUUAACCGUGGCCGUCCUCGAGAAUACCAUUGAAGACUAUCGUGUAGGCAUCCGCGGCGCCAUGGUCAAGGUAUUCAACUCAACCGACGCCGCCAUUCGUGCGUUGCUGGCUGAUGAAGUGGACGCCUUUGCUGUCGACACGGUUGUGUCGGGUUCCAUUUUGACGUACGCUGCUAAUCUGGGCCAUUCUGUCAAGACAAACGGGUAUCUUCUCAGCGACAUCCUGCAUGGCGUGCUGGUAAGCGCUGAGGUGGCCGAUUUACCUGGCCUCAACCUAAGGAGCAACACUAGCAACACCACGUUGCUACAAUGUGUGGAAGAAUCAAUGGUGGUCAUUCGCCCAACCAUUGAGGAGCAAAUUGCUGCCUGGGUGGGUCACAGCAAUCAUUCAGCAAACGCCGCGGAAGGAAGCUCCGGAUAUGGCGCCGACAACCCGCUCAUCAUUACCGGUGGCAUCCUCGUCAUCGGCCUCUGGCUUUUGGCAGCCCUGUGGAACCUUCCGCCAGCAUUGCGCUGUUAUCAUCGUGGCGAAUACGACGACAGCGACAACGAAUCGGUUCCACUGGCCAGCAGCCAUCGCAGCGUUACGGUAAAUGACGUGCGUUUGUGA